AUUCUGUGGCUCUCGAAGGAGCUCGCUGUCGACGGGAACCCGUUUAUCAAGCACUUUAUGUACAAAUUUUAAUCUAAGCAUCAUCGUUUUUGUUCCGGACUUGUAUCUCUUGGUUGCCUCUACUCCAUCUUUUGGUCGUCGCAUCUACUUGCACAAUCUUUGGGUCGCAUCUACUUACUCUAUCUAUUGGUUCGCAUACCUUGUGAGCUUCUCGACUAGGAAAGCCACAACAUGUAAACCGAAGCCCGUAUCAUACGUAUGCAUCCUCUAAUCAAGCGGAAAAGCUUCGUCUUAUUCGAGGCGAAAGGGCGGACCAAUGGCCAUAUCUGCAGAGCGAAAGGGCGGACUAAAAAUGUCCUUCCCUACGUGGCGAAAAGGCGGACUAAUGUCCUUCCCUACGUGGCGAAAAGGCGGAUCGGUUCCCUUGUCUCUGCGUGUUCUGUACAAGAGCAUCUUCACGAAAAUGAAGCGCUAUCUCUACGUCGGUUGGCUACUGCUGCUUCUGAGCGCUGGAGCGUUGGCUACUGUCUGGGAACCGGGUACCAAGACGACAUCCUUUUUGGCCAAAAGGGACACGCACCUUGGUGACCUCGCGGAUCUGGGAUCGCUAGGUGAAAUCAAAAAUCCUGAGAAUGCUGCGCGGUCAGAUGAUAGUACAUCGACGAGUGGCGAGGCUCAACAGUCGAGUAAACCUGAGGAAUUCCCAGACGACCCUACGUGGUACGUAAUGGCGAAGAUGUUAAGGCAAAGGCCAUUGAUGCAUAAUUGUACUUCUAAGUAAGCGAAAACUAGAAAAUAUAUCCGAGAUACAGCCUGAAAUAAGGGAAGUAGUUCCUUCCUUCUUCAGUAUCUCGUAUAUUCUCGUUUAUUUUUUGCUUAUUUCAGUUUACCGAAUACGUCCUUUUGUGCAUUGCAUCACUGUAUCAAUAUUUCGUGGCUAGAGAAGUUUCGUCCACGACAACACGGCCGGGUUGCAAGGCAGUUGAUCGUGCUGUAAAAGUUGAGAUUUUAACGUGGGGAUUUACUCUAGUAAGUAAGCAGCUUAUCCUCCUCCCCUGAAACUUUUCCAUAUUUUUGUCAUAAGUGAUGAUAGUACGACAUGGACAUAUAGCAAACUUCUACUUUACACUGUAACUAAUCGAACAAUUGUAGAUAAAGGGUUCGGGUCGUGGAUCGACUCAGUGGGGUCAUACUAUCAGAUAGUUAUAGAGCUCGACUUCGCAAACGCAAACACUCGACUUUGCAAAGAGUGAUACUAUAGUACUUGCUAUCGGACUGCAUCCACAUCGACGAUAGAUAUAGCUCCGCGCUAAUAUUGCUGGAAAACAUGUGCAAUCCCGAUCAAGGAGAAGCAUCACAAACGUCGAUGAACAAAAAGGGCUGCGAGUUGGCGAAGAAGAUGGCAGGCGUGAUAACUCGUAGUGAGGUAACAAUAUAUAUAACUUUUUGUCUCUUUUACCGGCGGAACUCGAUGCGAAGGAUCCAUAACCUGACCUCACUAUACCUCUCUUUUUCACUCACUCACUUACUCAUUCACUGACUCAGUCUCCCUCUCCCUCUGUCUCCCUCUGUCUCCCUCUGUCUCCCUCUGUCUCCCUCUCACCCUCCCUCUCACCCUCCCUCUCACCCUCCCUCUCGCUCUCCUCCCUCUCGCUCUCCUCCCUCUCGCUCUCCUCCCUCUCGCUCUCCUCCCUCUCGCUCUCCUCCCUCUCGCUCUCCUCCCUCUCGCUCUCCUUGCUCUCACCCUUUCUCUCCACUCUUCACCCUCACUCAUCCACCCAUCAAAAAAAAUCAGCGGCUGGAGAUUGUCGCAAAUGACGUUGUGCCGUACAUCCAAGAGUUUCAAGGUGAUAUUCGCAUUGCGGUGGACACCCAGGUGAGCGUUUUGAAACAGCUGGUAGAGAUCGUAAAGAGCUCGCUGAGUAUUAUGAAUGUGAAUCUGACCUCCUGUCAAAUGGUGUGUAGUGCAUAUUCAUUCAUUCAUUCGAACCACGUAGCAACUCACUCAAAGCUGCCUGGUUCCGUAGCGACCCGAGUAGACCUUAUAUAUAAAAAUACUUUUAUGUUGUAGUUGUCCCUUGUUGCGUCAUAGAAGUUGUCCUAGUAUUUAUUGUACUAGUAUUUAUUAUGAAAUAUACGACUACGAGGUCUCCUAGAAAUGUUACUCAUUUUACGUUCCUUUUGCCUUUGAUAAUGGAACACAAACAAAGAGUGGAUAGAUAUGCGCGAUCGACAGGUGGUCAAACGGAAAGUUCUAAGAGUGCGACGUCGGAUUCUUCUGAAAAGUCGGCUCUUACCGAGGACGUGCAGGCUCUGGAAGGUGCCUUGCAGCAGGUUCCCAAGCUCGAAGUUAACGUCAACGUACCCGUCAAAGACGACGCUCAGAUCCACUUAGAUCUUCCAGCAAAGGUGAUAGUGGACAUCCUAGGAGGGAUGCGCGAAGUUUGGCGCAUUGGGCGCGAGCUUGCGCGCCUAAAAGAAAAGUUCAAUAUCCUCAUCGCUGGCGCAAUUCCACUGGACAGCGGCGGAUCGGUUUCAAUCUUAUGGGCUAGUGAAUAUACAUGAAAUUAAUGUUAAUCUAACAGGCCUAGUUUAUAAUAAAAUGUAUGUCCUCGUUGUCCUUGAACAUCGGACAUGUUGCGCAUCAAGAAGAAUUCUUGCAACCUCUUGUCGCAUCUUCAACCGGGAGCUGCCUACCUACUUUUUUUGUCCUUUCUAAGAAAUGGAAUAUGCUUACUUUCCUUGUUGUUUUGGAGUGUGUGUGAGAGGACGUUUUCCAUCCAUUCCAAGCUAGUUUGCUGUGGAAUACCCAGACCCGAGUCGUGGUCGUCGCCUCCUAACUAGAUCGAAUCGUAACGAGUAGAUCAACGAUUACUUGUCUAGCGAUCGAGAAGCUCCUCUCCUUUCAGCAGAAACAAACGUGGUCAUAGUUUCUUUUUUGGUCUAAUUUUUACCAGAGUUUUUAGUUGUAUUAGCAGUUACCAGGUACAGGAGUGAAGAUCGAUAUAGACUUGUUUGUUAUUUCUUUGUACCUACGAUCGAUGGAUGCGCUCCGGGCAACGCGUUCGAUCUAUUUACCGAAUACUAGGACAACUGGAGAGCAACUUUUUAUAUACAUAAACAUUACUUUUUCCAAGUGCCGGAGCCCGAUGUGCAGGAUCCAUAACCUUACCUGAACUUUUGCAAUUUAUUUUUACGAUCUUGUUCUUCUAAAGCCUUCCGCAGCUGGCAAUGGGGGGCUCUCUACCUUGGGGAUAUCAACAGGAGCGCUUGGUGGCCAGCUACAACGUGUGAGCGGAGGUCAGGGAGCGCUUGCUCUUGGCGAUGGGAUUUCAGCAGGAGGGCCGCUGGCUGGUGGUCUUCCUGGUGGUGGUGUUGGUGGUCUUCCUGGUCCUGGUGUUGGUGGUCAGCGUGUGGAGUCGCGUUCGGAGCUUGAGGAAAAAAAAGAGGCGGCGGAGGAUGCACUCGAAGGCCUGAAAGACUUCGUGUGGAAAUCGCUGAUACAGUUUUUAAGCCAUGUCGUCCAUCCACAUGCGUAUUCCUCAAGGCCUAACAAGGGCUCAGAGUGCAAUCUUCAAGCCCGUAAUAUCCCUAAUAAGGCUCAGAGAAGCCCGUGGUAUCCCUGGCAAGGCUCAGAGAGCCAGAGCCUGUACUCUACCAAAACCCCUCUGUCUUCGGUUUCAAUAUUGUCUACUUGAAAAUGAUGAAAGUGAAAGAGUGUUUGAUGUGGUACAAGCCCGUAAUAUUCCUAGCAAGUAGGCUCAGGGAGCCCGUGUCCCCAACAAGGCGCAGAGUCUAAUCCUCAACCCGGUAUUCCCAACAAGGCGCAGAGUGUAUAUCUGAGUGAAAUAGAUGUCACAGUAGGUCGUGUAAGUUAUCAUGGAGACGGCGGGCUGUGUACAUGAUAACUUACACGACCUACUCUGCCAUCUAUUUAAGUUACAACAUGACAUUUAUUUUCUCCAAAUUCACACUUGUAGUUUCAUAGUGUCCUUGCAGAAGUUGAAGUGAGGUAUACCUCUAGACUACAAAAUCAAAAUCUGCAUGGAUGGACGCUGUAUAGCUGUAAGAUAAGUGGAGAGUUUAUGCAGCCUUGGCAUUGCCGACGCCUGUCCCGUGAAAGACCUGAUGCUCCGCGCAUAUAGUAAUCCGCAGGUACUAUGAUAGAUUCUUUUAGCAGCUUUUAUUAGAUGGAGAUGCUUUUACUAAAAAUGGAGAUGCUUUUAUUAAAAACUGGAGAGCAGUUACUCCUAGUAUCCGAAGUUCUACUUUUCAGAGUUUUGGCUCAGAUGGCGUGCCGUGAUGAGUGGCACCCGUAAGCUAUGCUAGUAAUGGAGGACAUGGGGUUGCGCCUCUGAAUUGAUUGGAGUUGCUAGCUUUUCUUUUGUAGAAUACAGAUAACACUUAGUUUCUCCUGUUUUUAAAUAUACUCUCUCCUUACUCUCUUCACACAGUAUUCUGAAGAUACGAGCUACAACUUGAUGAAUAAAAGGGAGUAUCAACGAUAUCAAUACAAUCUCUUGAAUAGUUGUCCAUAAAGUGCCACGAUGGAUUACAGAUAAUUGUAUAAAUGACGAUAAAUAAGUAACCUCCUCCCAUAUCAGGAUAAUGCUAAGUCUUUUCCCUUUUUCUCAGAGGUGUGCUGCAAAUCUAGGCUGGCUCUUCCCUUUUUAUUUAAGGUUAGGGUUUAGAUCCAGCGGCGCUCAAAGCACAUAAGUAACGCAGCCGGUUAGUUUUUUCCUCUGUCUCGUAGAUGUAUCCCUUCAAGCAAAACACAGAUAACUGUGCAAAUAUAUAGGUAGUUCUACUUUGAACGUGCUUCGCUGCUGAGUGGCUUCAAUUCUGGGUAGGCAGACCAGGUUAGUGUUACAUAACAUUUGGUUAGAACACACAGGAGUAGCCUCUCUGGGCACUACAGUCUCAGUAGAGGUCGCUCUCUACACUGGAAAGAAGUUUUUGUCUGUGUAUGGGAGAAAAGAGCCAGAUAGGCACGGUCCAAACGCGGGUGAUUAUCUGAUGAAAAUGGCUCACGAUUAUUCUCGUGUUUUUUCAGAUUUUUCGUGGUGGUCAUGACAAUUUUUUACUCUAUAGAAUGUUUUCAGUUUUAGCUCAGAUUUUCCAUGGCCAUGAUGUUAGUUUUAGCUAAGAAGGAUAGAUGAUAGAGCAAACUUUUUACUGACUCCAAAUCAGCGUGUUGCGGUGUUGAAUGGGAAACUGGGGAGUUUUAUGAAGAGCUACCAAGGCAUAAUCGUGGUCGGGGCCAACGCGCAACUGGAUACAGUGCGCAACGUGAUUGGAGCGAUAAAAAGUGUCAUGGGUCCGAGCAGUGGCAGCGACCUCGUGGAGAAGAUGCAGCAACUGCAGCUGACAGUGAAGAUGGGCCCAUCUGUGCCUGGUGACGCAGCCGUCAAAGUUAGAAUGACGCUCGAACAAUUGAUGCUGCAGUUUGGAGGACCGGAAAUGGCAAUUCGUUUCAUGGUCGAGCUGUUUCUCCUGGCGAUCGGGGAGCCUCCCUCCCGCGAAUUCGGGCUCAAAGUAACAGAGGAGCAGGCAUUGUCUCCAUUAAGGCACUCGUGAUGUUCAUCCAAUUUGUCCUUGAAUCCACGAAAAAAGAAGAUUCAAAUCGUAUAAAUAGAGGGAUCUUGUAUACUAUUGAAUUCUGUCCUUAGUAGAAGAUCAUUGUUUCUGACGGAAAACGCUACGAACGCAAUGGAAAACACCGGGGCUGUGCGUCACGUCGAUUUUCGAUCUUUCUUCUGUAGCAAUAUUUUAAGUAAUAUAGGGGUGUACUUUCAUACUCGGUCGAUUCCCUCUAUAGUCACCCUUUUCGUCAUCUGGAUUUGGUUGCUUAAUCCCGUUCUUUUUUCCAUUUUUAGUUGUCGCCCGCCUUAUAUACAGCCUUCAAACAACUAUUAGCACAGUUCGGAGCAUACUGCUGAGUUAUAGAUUUUUUUUUUAUAGAGAUCAGGGACAAGCUUGGAGCACUCUUUUAUCCUUCAUAUUCAAUCACUUUUCUUUUUGUGUAAUGAUCUAAUAACGGUUACUGGAGCAGCAGGUUUGGGAGCGCAUGUCCUUGCUAGUCCAGGAUCCAUGGCGGGUGCUGGAGGUCUGUCAUCUGGCAAAGCUAGUGGAGGCGUGAACGGUGGUAGAGAGCCUUCUGGCAGAGAAAACACUAACGGCCGAGGAGAAGGCCCAGGCAGAGCCGGACGCAAGCCCGGCGGAGGAGGCUCGGUCGACCAGCGCGCGGAUGACGUCAAAAAUGGCGGCGGUGGAGCAUUGCCUCCGCAGUCCGGUGACGAGGAUCGCGAUGGAAGGCCGUUUAAUGAAGGAGGUGGUGCUGUUUCCGGCAACGGCACGCCUGGCAAUGGAGGCUCAUCUUCUGGCGGUGGAGGCCAGCCAUCAAGCGCGGCUGACGGUACAGGCAUGGCUGGCGGAGGCCGCCAUCCAUCCGGAAANGAUUAUCUGAUGAAAAUGGCUCACGAUUAUUCUCGUGUUUUUUCAGAUUUUUCGUGGUGGUCAUGACAAUUUUUUACUCUAUAGAAUGUUUUCAGUUUUAGCUCAGAUUUUCCAUGGCCAUGAUGUUAGUUUUAGCUAAGAAGGAUAGAUGAUAGAGCAAACUUUUUACUGACUCCAAAUCAGCGUGUUGCGGUGUUGAAUGGGAAACUGGGGAGUUUUAUGAAGAGCUACCAAGGCAUAAUCGUGGUCGGGGCCAACGCGCAACUGGAUACAGUGCGCAACGUGAUUGGAGCGAUAAAAAGUGUCAUGGGUCCGAGCAGUGGCAGCGACCUCGUGGAGAAGAUGCAGCAACUGCAGCUGACAGUGAAGAUGGGCCCAUCUGUGCCUGGUGACGCAGCCGUCAAAGUUAGAAUGACGCUCGAACAAUUGAUGCUGCAGUUUGGAGGACCGGAAAUGGCAAUUCGUUUCAUGGUCGAGCUGUUUCUCCUGGCGAUCGGGGAGCCUCCCUCCCGCGAAUUCGGGCUCAAAGUAACAGAGGAGCAGGCAUUGUCUCCAUUAAGGCACUCGUGAUGUUCAUCCAAUUUGUCCUUGAAUCCACGAAAAAAGAAGAUUCAAAUCGUAUAAAUAGAGGGAUCUUGUAUACUAUUGAAUUCUGUCCUUAGUAGAAGAUCAUUGUUUCUGACGGAAAACGCUACGAACGCAAUGGAAAACACCGGGGCUGUGCGUCACGUCGAUUUUCGAUCUUUCUUCUGUAGCAAUAUUUUAAGUAAUAUAGGGGUGUACUUUCAUACUCGGUCGAUUCCCUCUAUAGUCACCCUUUUCGUCAUCUGGAUUUGGUUGCUUAAUCCCGUUCUUUUUUCCAUUUUUAGUUGUCGCCCGCCUUAUAUACAGCCUUCAAACAACUAUUAGCACAGUUCGGAGCAUACUGCUGAGUUAUAGAUUUUUUUUUUAUAGAGAUCAGGGACAAGCUUGGAGCACUCUUUUAUCCUUCAUAUUCAAUCACUUUUCUUUUUGUGUAAUGAUCUAAUAACGGUUACUGGAGCAGCAGGUUUGGGAGCGCAUGUCCUUGCUAGUCCAGGAUCCAUGGCGGGUGCUGGAGGUCUGUCAUCUGGCAAAGCUAGUGGAGGCGUGAACGGUGGUAGAGAGCCUUCUGGCAGAGAAAACACUAACGGCCGAGGAGAAGGCCCAGGCAGAGCCGGACGCAAGCCCGGCGGAGGAGGCUCGGUCGACCAGCGCGCGGAUGACGUCAAAAAUGGCGGCGGUGGAGCAUUGCCUCCGCAGUCCGGUGACGAGGAUCGCGAUGGAAGGCCGUUUAAUGAAGGAGGUGGUGCUGUUUCCGGCAACGGCACGCCUGGCAAUGGAGGCUCAUCUUCUGGCGGUGGAGGCCAGCCAUCAAGCGCGGCUGACGGUACAGGCAUGGCUGGCGGAGGCCGCCAUCCAUCCGGAAAAAGUGGUGGCGGAGGCAGACGUGUUCAUGGUUCCAAAGGUCACGGGGGUGACGCUGGAGGGCACAACCCCGACCAAGGUCCGACCGCGGGCCCGAAUGGCGGCAAGGGGCUGACCCCCGACAAGCCGGGGCCGCAACAUGUGGGGGAGGCCGGCGGCAAUGGUGGCCCCAAGUCCAACGAGGGAGACGACGGUGCUGGAGGCUCACUUGGGGGCGGCGGUGGAGGCUCAUCUGGGGGCGGCGGUGGAGGCUCCUCUGGGGGCCGUGGAGACACAAAGAGUGGAGGCGCCACUGGCUUGGGAGGCAGGAGUAGCGGAGGAGGCCGUAUAAUUGGAGGAGGAACUACUGGUGGAGCAGGAGGCAUGUCGCGUCCGGUGUCUCGUCCUGGAGGCAGCGCGGCUGCUCCUGAGCCCGUCUUUGUGAAUGCUCAAGGUCAGGUCGUUGGCGGAAAAGGCGUCGGAGAUGAUGGCCCAGGUUUCGACCCCAACAAGAAAAUUGCUGGCGGCGAAGGCGUGGCAAGUGGUGGCUCAUCUCAAGGCGUUGCUGCCGGUGGGGGCGCGGCGGGUGGUAGAGUCUCUCCAUCUGGCAUAGCUAGUGGAGGCGUGAACGGUGGUAGAGAGCGUCCAUCUGGCGAAGGCGACCGUGAGGAUGCAAGAAGGACGACGGGCGAUGGAGGCUCAUCUGCUGGCGGUGAAGGCCAGCCAUCAAGCGCUGCUGGCGGUACAGGCAUGGCUGGCGGAGGCCGCGAUCCAUCCGGAAAAAGUGGUGGCGGAGGCAGACAUGGCCCUGGUUCCGGAGGUGCCGAGGUUGACGGUGGAGGGUCGUCUACUAAGCAGUCCAGUGGCGGGGGUGGCGAUGGAGAGCCGUCUACGCAUGGUGCUGUUGGAGGCACGGAUGGUCUUCCGAACCACGGCGGGCUGACCAGGAAGGACGACCCGAACCACGGUGGAGACGGAGACGGUGGUCGCGGAGGCAGACGUGGCGCCGAAGAUUCCAAAAAUGGCGGUGGUGA